GCUGUUGGUAAGACUCGCGGGAAAAGAAAGGGUGCGCGCGGCUGGAAGCGCGCAUGCGCGGCGACUAAUGCUCUAGGCUCCUUCAGGGCUGAGCAUACAGCGUUUCUUGCGGUGGGUGGAAAUGCCCAACCGAGGGACGCGCCCAGAGGACAGCCCUGUGCUGAUCCCCACUGACAAUUCGACCCCACACAAGGAGGAUCUUAGCAGCAAGAUUAAAGAACAAAAAAUUGUGGUGGAUGAACUUUCUAACCUUAAGAAGAAUAGGAAAGUAUAUAGGCAGCAACAGAACAGCAAUAUAUUCUUUCUUGCAGACCGAACAGAAAUGCUAUCUGAGAGCAAAAGUAUAUUGGAUGAACUGAAAAAAGAAUACCAAGAUAUAGAAAACUUAGAGAAGACCAAAAUCAAGAAACAGUCAACCUGAUUUCACGUAACAAUGUGUGGCAUUUGUUGUUCUGUAAACUUUUCUGCUGAGCAUUUCAGUCAAGAUUUAAAAGAGGACUUACUAUAUAAUCUUAAACAGCGGGGACCCAAUAGUAGUAAACAAUUGUUCAAGUCUGAUGUUAACUACCAGUGUUUAUUUUCUGGUCACGUCCUACACUUGAGGGGUGUUUUGACUACCCAGCCUGUGGAAGAUGAAAGAGGCAAUGUGUUUCUGUGGAAUGGAGAAAUUUUUAGUGGAAUAAAGGUUGAAGCGGAAGAGAA